CAUUUGUUCUGCUUUAACCAAAUUAAUGCUGUUUUUCUUUCUAAUUUAGUUUUUCCUCUGGUGUUCUCCUCAAGUUUUAUUCAACAUGAGGUUGUGGCACAAUACAGUCACCUUUUCUCAAUCCAAGGCUUAGAUCAAAGUUUGAUGCCGUAUAUGAUCCUUGCCCACUUGGAUGUUGUUCCAGCCCCAGAUGAGGGAUGGAAGUUUCCACCUUUUUCUGGAGAGGAGCAUGAUGGAUACAUUUAUGGAAGAGGAACAUUAGAUGACAAAAGCUGUGUGAUUGGUGUGCUUCAAGCUCUUGAAUUUUUGCUGGCGAUAGGCUACCAACCUCGAAGAUCUUUUUAUAUUGGACUGGGACAUGAUGAAGAGGUGUCUGGACAUGAGGGCGCCAUGAAGAUUGUAAAAAAGCUUCAGUCUCAUGGAGUGAAACUUGCAUUUGUAGUGGAUGAGGGGUUAGCAGUCCUAGAUGGUGUUAUUCAAGGAGUAAAGAGACCAGUGGCUCUAGUUGGCACAACUGAGAAAGGAGCUAUCACACUCAACUUGACUGUAAACCAGCCACCUGGCCAUUCUUCAAUGCCUCCUGCUGAGACUUGCAUCGGGAUCCUUGCAGCAGCUGUGUCCAGGUUAGAAAAAAAUCAAAUGCCAAAUAUGUUUGGUGGCGGUCCUGAGGCUUCCAUGUUUCAGCAGCUCUCAGGAGAGUUUUCUUUUCCCCUCAAUGUUAUGAUGGCAAAUUUGUGGCUGUUCUCUCCAAUCAUUAGCAGAGUAUUAGAAACAACUCCUUCAAGCAAUGCCUUGGUGCGGACCACAAGUGCAUUAACUAUCUUUAAUUCUGGACUAAAGUCCAAUGUGAUGCCACACAUGGCAACAGCUACAGUCAAUUUCCGUCUCCACCCAGCACAAACAGUUCAUGAGGUUUUAGAUAUUGUAAGAUAUACUAUUAAUGAUGAAAGGGUGAAACUUUCUGUCCUCAACUCAUUUGAUCCCCUUCCUAUUAGCCCUUAUGAUGAUUCAAACUUUGGAUACCAAAUACUACAGCGCACUAUUCAUUCUGUGUUUUCUGGAGUUCCAGUUGUGCCAGGUCUCUGUAUUGGAAAUACUGACAGUCGCCAUUUUGUCAACUUGACUGACAGCAUAUAUCGUUUUAGUCCUUUUCAGUUGAAACCUGAAGAUUUGGGGAGGAUUCAUGGACUGAAUGAGCGGAUUUCAGUAGAGAGCUUAAAACAACUGGUCCAGUUUUAUUAUCAGCUGAUUCAAAAUGCAGACUCUGAUAAAGUCCCAACAACUUAUCAAGCUAGUCAUGAGCUAUAGAAAAUUAUCUAUGACAACAUAAGAAGACUCC